AUGACGAGAGCUGAAGGUACGAGCAAGCAAAUUCUCCUUUCCCUUCUCGUGCCUUAUCUCUACCUCCUCUCUGAGAUCCAUUCGCUGGAGCUGAGCUUGAUCUCUCUCCCUCUCAGAUCUGACCACGAGCUCCUCAGCGGCAUGAGCAUACGCUUGGAUGGAGCUUCUAGGUGGCGUCUUGGGGACUCGUCGGCGGUGGUGCACAAGGCCUCCAUAUCGGGUAGCAAUACACUUGUUUGCUAUGUUGAGGGUGUUGAUUUGGUGCUACUUGGGGAACCCCAGGUGGAGGCCUAUGUUGUGGUACUAGAAGAUUGCACAGCUCCUCAAUCAUCGGGCGCUGACCACCUCGGCAAAGUGAAGCUGGCUACGACUACAGAUCGGUUGUUACUUUCUCCUGUUCGAGUGUUCGUGCUACCAUCCUCACAGGCGAUGCCAUCUCCCCUGUUUUCCACUCCACAUAGCAGGUGCAGUGCUCCCUCUGAUCAUUUUUCUUCUCCACCAUCCCCUAGAUUUCCUGGUUCCUCCAAUGUCAGUUAA